CAGCUGCCAUCAUUGAUUGGAUUGGCGUCGAGGUUCACGGACGAGGUUCCUUAAACCGCUUUCCGGCUUCAAGAUGGUCGCCUGAACUGUUUCUUGAGACUUUCCCCACUUUUCUCCAUCCCUCCAUGGUGUUUUCUAUUAACCUGGACGUGACGCAUUAAAGGGCCCGACGGAAAUAGAACUGAAGGAGUUCUAAAAUGGCGAACCGUACGGUGAAGGAUGCACACAGCAUCCACGGCACGAACCCUCAGUAUUUGGUGGAGAAGAUCAUUCGAACACGAAUCUAUGAGUCCAAGUACUGGAAAGAGGAGUGCUUCGGACUUACGGCUGAACUUGUAGUGGAUAAAGCCAUGGAGUUAAGGUUUGUGGGUGGCGUGUACGGUGGCAACAUAAAACCAACUCCCUUUCUGUGUUUAACUUUGAAGAUGCUUCAAAUUCAGCCUGAGAAAGAUAUCAUUGUAGAGUUCAUCAAAAAUGAAGAUUUCAAGUAUGUCCGCAUGUUGGGGGCACUUUACAUGAGGCUGACAGGCACUGCAAUUGAUUGCUAUAAGUACUUGGAGCCUUUGUACAAUGACUACCGAAAAAUCAAGAGCCAGAACCGAAAUGGAGAGUUUGAACUGAUGCAUGUGGAUGAGUUUAUUGAUGAACUACUGCACAGUGAGAGAGUUUGUGAUAUCAUUCUGCCUCGACUACAGAAACGCUAUGUGCUGGAGGAAGCUGAGCAACUGGAGCCUCGGGUUAGUGCUCUAGAAGAAGACAUGGAUGAUGUGGAGUCCAGUGAAGAGGAGGAGGAGGAAGAUGAGAAGUUGGAGAGAGUGCCGUCACCUGAUCACCGCCGGAGAAGCUACCGAGACUUGGACAAGCCCCGUCGCUCUCCCACCCUGCGCUACAGGAGGAGCAGAAGCCGGUCUCCCAGAAGGCGGAGUCGAUCUCCCAAAAGGAGAAGUCUCUUACGCAGCCCUUCCCCACGCCGAGAAAGGCAUCGGAGCAAGAGUCCAAGACGUCACCGUAGCAGGUCUCGAGAUCGACGGCACAGAUCCCGUUCUAAGUCCCCAGGUCAUCACCGUAGUCACAGACAUAGGAGCCACUCAAAGUCUCCUGAAAGGUCUAAGAAAAGCCACAAGAAGAGCCGGAGAGGGAAUGAGUAACGGACUCAAUUUGCAUCUGCAUAAAAGGAUUAAGAUCGCCACCUCAGGCAGCUAUAAGAAUAGUUUUUUCUUACCAAGUUUCUUCACUUUUUUUUUUUUUUUU